AUGCCGCCCAAGGGCAAGGCCAAGGCCUCCCCUGCCACGGCCAAGGCCGUGCGAGGCAAGGCGCAGGCCACACGAGAUCGCGAAUCUGCUGAUGGUCAGCCCGGCACCUACCAAUGCGGCCUGGGCACGUACAAUGCCAAGUACUACGCGAAGCUCGACGCUGCCGAAGAGACCAUCAUGCAACAUGACCUGUUCAAGAACAUCGGUAUGAUGGGCGCGCUCAAGAUCCAGACGAUCGGCGAGGAUAACGACGUGUCGUCUCACAUCGCGCCCUUCGACAAAGCUGAUUGCAGGAUUGCUUUGCAGAGUCGUUCUAUUUACGAUUGUGGUUUCAAUGCCUUCCAUCUCCUGCUCAAGAGUUCGAUGUCGAAGUCAGUACCCAUCAACGAGCACGCAGUCCUGGAGUUCGCAAAGGCUAACUUCGUGGACUCUAACGACGUAUUCCCCUCGAUGAUCCACACUGCGGUGGAGAAAGACACUGACGACGUCGAGUCCCUCUUCGGCAAGCUCCCGGUCCUGUCGCCAGAGGAGCCCCGCCACGCGUUCUUGUUCAAGCUGGCAGAGCGCAUCUCGGCGGGGGCGGAUCAUGAUGAGAUCAUGGGUUGGCAGCAGAUGGCUCGCAGCGUGACGGUUCGCAUCCAUGUCAUGGAGAACAACAACGACAGGAUUUGGCUAGGCACCGUCUUGCGCAACAGGAUCGCUCAGCAGUACGACCUGGUCGUGCGCACGACGCCUCAGCUGAUCGUGGAGCUUGCAAUGCAUAAGCAACGGAUGCAGUCGAAGUACUCCCCGGAGAACUUGGCUGCAGAAUUCAACACGCACAUCAGGAAGCAGAGCGGCUCGAAGGAAGACGAGAUCACUGGUUCUUUGGUUGAUCAAGCAAUCACGGUCUGGAACAGGUGCUUAUCUGCUACAGAGAACAUGGAGAUUGUCAUGGGCAACGUCAACACGUACGGCCACAAUACGGUCUUCAACGGGGUGGGGAACCUCCAGGCCAUUGUGAGCAAGGGCUCGACAUCCCAUAAUAUCAAGUGGCUGAUCCAGGACAUGGACGACCAGUUCAGGAACGGGGGCAUCAGCCAGAAGGGCUUGGCACUCAGGGAUAUGCAGGGGACAAAGGGUAAGGUGUCUUGGCCAGAGAAGAGCCUCUACAGGAUGAGCGUGCUGAAGCACCUGCGCGACUCCUGGCUCGAGAUCCAGCCGUGCCCUGCCGCGCUCAAAGCCAAGCUUCGCGACCUCACUGAGUCGCACAAGUCUUGGCGGAAGGGCCUGGGCUUCUCGCACAAUGGCGGAGAGGUUGACCAGAGCUGGAAGGGUGAGUGGCCAGUCUACAUGGACAUCGCCGUAGAACUAUUUUCGGUCGUCUUCGACAACACGCGCGACUCCGACAUCGAGGAACAGUGCAAGAAGGCUUCUGCCGAGGAGUUCGUUGAGCAACACUUAGGGUCGCACCUGAACGACUGGGCGGAGUGCUUCAAGACCGAGGAUAAGCAGAAGGAGGACGCGGGUGCCGCCGUCAGCGAGACAGCCCCUGCGCCGCAGAGCUCUAUUCCAGCACAGGUCAAGGAGGCGCCGCCCGAGAUCUCGAAGGCGAUUCAGGACAUGGGCUUCACCCUCAAGGACCCCGAUGACGUCGAGACUUUGCAGGCUUUCUACUCGAAAGCAAGGACGCUCGUUCGCACCUUCGUUACGCUGGUCCCAGAGGAAGCAACUGUGGGUAAGAUGGCGUCGAAACUCGAGGAGCUACCGAUUCAUCGAGUGCAGGGCAAGAGCAUGGAGUCGCACACUUCCUACUUCGCUUUCCUGUACACCUUGAACUUGAGUGGCGAGGUCGCCACUGCGCCACAUGUUCGGAUGAUGUCCUAUAGGAAAGACGCAUACCAAAAAGCAGUGGACGUCUUCCUGGGGUUUCGAGGGUCGCCUACUGUUUUCCCGGACACCGACGUAGCGAUCGUGCUGGACGGCUACAAGCAUGGCCUGAAGGCGCAGAUGUUCAGCGCGUGGCAAGUGGACGGCAAGGCUGUCAUGAAGGACGAGACUACGUACUCUCUGAUCUACGACGCCGACCAGCUGCAGAGUCGCCUCGGCUGCAUCCGUGGAUGGAAGAUGCAACAAGUGGAGUGGAUGCAUGUGAUUCACAACCCGAACGGCCUCAACCUCAAGAUUCGCAAGAGGCUCCACUACGAGGGAACCAAUCGCUGGGAGAUCAUGCAGCCAGUCCGCUUCAACGAGUGGAAGGACUCGUGGCACAUGUCCUACGAGGAGAAGCUCUCUUUUUUCGGAUCGCAUCGGCAUGACGUUGGAGGCUCGAGCGGGAUCCCUGUGCCCAAGAGGAACCCGAAGGAUUUUGAGCCCCUGUUCUACCACAGCCCUGAGCCGAACUUGUUCGACGAGCAGUACCAUUGCUUCGACAUGGCUGGGGCCCUUGACUGGAACGCCGGUGAAGGCUUCGCGGCCGUUCCCUUCAUCCGCUGGCGUAAACCGUACGUUGGCAUUUGCUUCAAGAUGUCGCACGUGACGGGCCUGUACCAACGCCUGGAACUCCUCGCGCUGAUGUGCAUGCUCAGGGUGGACGACGAGCUGUACGACCCCAAGUUCGCAGCGCUCAUGGAGAACAGCUCCUCCAAGAAGGAUGAUUCUAAGCCUCAGCCUAAGAUGAAGCGGACGAGCAACAAUCGUGGUCAGGGUGGCUCCGAGUCUAAGCCCGACGGCGAUGACGAGACGCCACCCAAGAAGGCCAAGACGGGCAAGGGAAACAAGGCGGACAAGGCGAACAAGUCGGAGAGCCGCGCGGAGCUGCUGAAGUUGCUGGAGGGCAUGGGGAAAGGCCCCAAGAAGGACAAGGCCGGCAAGGCGGGAGCUGCUGAGGAGCCCGAGGGCGACGACAGCGAGCCUGAGGAGGAGGAGGACGAGGACAUGGAGGAGUGA